AUGGUUGAACAAACAAGACGGGCAAAUCACGUUGUGUCCCUCCAGGCUGGACCUGGAGAGGUGGACACGGGUACCCAGUUUGACCUCAGAAUCCAUGACCGGGCCGCCCGAGCCUUCGGUCAGCAGUUGGCUUUCAUCGGAGACCAGAUGGACCGAGAGUGGACCAGCAGAGAGCCAAACUGGCCACCGGCUCCUAUGCACCUGCUGAGACCUGCCCAGAUUCUGACACGGACCAUUUACAGGGAUAUCCACAGCCAGUUCUGGGGCUUCCAGGGCUUGGGGGCUGCUGUAAAGGCCUGGAUCGAAAGCACUUCACCCUGGCACUGGACGCUGAGAACGGAGAGCUUCACAACAUGGGUGUCCAAAGUGAAGCCGGCGUCCUGCGGCGGCUGGACCAGAGGAGCCGUGGUGACUGUGGCACUGGUGGCUGCAGGGAGCCAUUUUGUCACGCUGUGGAUGGAAGCCUAA